AUGUACACCGGAAGCUGUUUUUGCAAAAACAUCAAAAUCGAGCUGAGUGCUCAGCCCCAAGCUAUCAAGAAAAACAGGNCCAUCUGCCAUUGCACCGACUGUCGCAAGAUCUCAGGCUCGGCAUAUAGCUACAAUUUUAUCGUCAGCGCUUCCGACUUCAAAGUCUCUGGCUCGUCGCCGGCAGAAACUCUGAAAACCGCAGACUCGGGAAACAAAGUCAAGAACUAUUAUUGCAAGGAUUGUGGUAUGUGCCUAUUCUUCACAAAGGGCUGGAACCCAUACUGGAAGAUGUAUAUGCUGAUAUAUGUGUACANNGGAAGCUCGCUGUUUGGCGGUGCUGUAGCGGAAAGUGGACAGGUUGAGAGAGUUGCUAUGAGAGCAGGUGUCUUUGACGAUUUGAAGGGCAAGCAGGAGUGCAAGCCUUCGUUGGAGAUUUACACCAAAGAAAGAUUGGAGUGGCUCAAGCCUGUUGAGGGUUGCCUCCAAUUUGAGGGUAUGCCUUCUUUCUGA